UAGUUUGUUGAGUAGGUCUUUUUUUGUUUGGUCUUGCUGAUGAGAUGAGCGAUGACUUGACUAAUAAAUAACAGGCCGUGAAAUUGUGGAUGAAUUCCUCCGAUCUGCUAUUCCUCUACCCUUUCAUUCUCUCUCCAAUACACGGAGAAAGAACACUAACUAUCCUUUCAUUUACUAAAAAGCAAUUACUAUUUAAUAGGAACUGAAUCCGGCAUUGUUUCAGGACAUCAAGCCUUUCGAUCUUUCAAGAUUUACAAGUAUGUGUCCAAUGGAUUCCAUGAGCACUGAAGGAGGGUCAACCUCAUCAUCUUCUACUUCUUCUUCAACAACUCGGUGGAAAUUCGAUGUCUUUAUUAGUUUUAGAGGUAAGGACACCCGUUCUGAUUUUACGGACCAUCUAUAUGCAGCUUUGGAACAGAAGGGCAUUUUGACCUUUAAGGAUGAUAAUAGACUUGAGCGGGGAAAAGCUUUUUCAACAGUCUUGAAAGCAGUGGAAGAAUCGAGGUUUGCUAUCGUCGUUUUCUCAAGAAACUAUGCAUCUUCAACAUGGUGCUUGGAUGAGCUUGUAAAAAUCAACGGAUGUAUUAAUGACACGGGAAUGACAGUUCUGCCGGUUUUUUAUGACGUGGAUCCAUAUGAAGUGCGGAGGCAAAGAGGAAAUUUUGCAGAAGCUUUUGAUGAACACGAACGAUUUAAGGAGAAUAUUGAGAAGCUUGAAGUUUGGAGAGACGCUUUGAGAGAAGUGGGGAGUCUGUCUGGUUGGGUUGCUACUGGAGAUAGUAAUGUGUCAGAAUUAAUCAAAAGCAUUGUGGAACAGAUAUCGCAAAAUCUGAGUUCAAGUUUCUCAAGCAUUACCAAUGACUUGGUAGGAAUAGAUUCUUCAGUGCAAAAAUUGAUCACUUCAUAUUUAAACAAUAGGAACAAUGUUUUCAUGAUAGGGAUUUGUGGUAUGGGGGGAUCCGGAAAGACAACUCUUGCUAGAGUGUUCUAUGAAAAGCUUCGUAGUUCUUUUGAAGGUUCUUCCUUUAUUGCUAACGUUAGGGAAUAUUCAGAAAAAUUUGAUUUGCUUCAGUUACAACAGCUGCUUCUAGCAGAUAUUUUGGAGGAAAGGAAUAUAGAGAUAAGGACUGUUUAUCAUGGAAUUGACAUGAUCAAGAGAAGGCUAUGUCAUAAAAAAGUUCUAAUUGUUCUUGAUGAUGUUAAUAAACUGGACCAACUAGAAAAUUUGGCUGGAGAGCAUGGCUGGUUUGGAUUGGGGAGUUUGAUCAUCAUAACAACUAGAGAUGAACUUCUAUUGUUCCAACAUGGAGUGCGUGAAAUACAUAAGCCUAAUGCAUUAUCUAGUGAUGAUGCUUUAAAACUUUUUUGUUUGAAAGCCUUCAAAGAUGAAAAACCCAAAGAAGAUUAUAUGCAACUCUCCCUGGAUGUUGUACGCUAUGCUAAUGGCCAUCCAUUAGCUCUUGUAACUUUUGGUUCCUUUUUGUUUGGAAGAACAGUGGAUGCAUGGCAAAGUGCAUUGGACACGUAUAAAAAAAAUCCUAAAAGAGAAAUAUUUGACUCACUAAGAGUAAGUUAUGACGGGUUAGAGGAAAUAUGGAAGGAUAUAUUUCUAGAUGUUGCAUGUUUCUUUAGAGGGAAGAUGAGAGAUCAAGUAAUAGAGAUAUUAGAGGCCUGUGGUUUUCAUGCAAGACUCGGAAUACAAGUUCUCAAGGAAAAAUCUCUCCUAACCAUAGAAAACGAUGCAUUGCAGAUGCAUGAUCUAGUGCAAGAAAUGGGUAUGGAAAUUGUCCGUCAGGAAUCACCUGAAGAGCCUGGGGAGCGCAGUAGGUUGUGGCUUCGUGAGGAUUUGUUUCAUGUAUUGAUGAACAAUACGGCAAAAACAGCAAUUCAAGCCAUAGUCCUAGACUUAUCUGGAGGGGAUGAGGCAUAUCAGCACAUUGAAUCGUAUUCUCAAGGUUUUUCAAAGAUGUGUAAUCUUAGAUUGCUCAUAAUUAAUAAUGUGCACAUCCCGAAUGGUCUCAAUCUUCGUUCUACUGAAUUAAAACUUCUUGAAUGGUGUGGGUAUUCUUCAAAAUGUUUGCCAUCCAGAUUCCAAUCAAAAGAGCUUGUUGAACUUAGACUGCGGUUUAGCAAAAUUAAAUAUCUUUGGAGAGGUGUAAAGUAUUUAGACAAGUUAAAAGUCAUCAAUCUUGAAUAUUCCAUAGACCUUAUUAGGACACCUGACUUCACAGGGGUUCCAAGACUUGAGAAAAUAUGUCUUCGAGGUUGCAAAAGUUUGGUUAAGAUCCACCCAUCUAUUGGACAGCUUAGUAAGCUUACUGUUUUAAAUUUGGAAUUCUGCCAAUCUCUUAUCAAUCUUCCAAGCAGCACAGAUAGUCUAAGGUCUCUUGAAAUACUCAUUCUUUUGGGAUGCUCAAAACUUGCCAACCUGCCAGAGAACUUGGGGAAAAUCAAAAGUUUGAAGGAACUUUAUUUCACUGGAACUGCUAUUAGAGAAGUCCCAUCUUCCAUUAGUUUCUUGAUAUGUCAUGGAUGUGAAAAGCAAUUUUUUAAGUCAAGGCUUGAUAGUGUUUUCUGCGUUCACUCGUUAAAAUCUAUAUCACUAUCUACAAACAAGCUUGUCUUUGCCCUACCCACAAACAUCAGUCAACUUCAGAAAUUGGAAUCUCUUGAUUUGAGCAACUGCAUUCAACUUCAAUCAUUGCCAGAGUUUCCGUCAAAUUUGAUAUAUAUAAAUGCUAAAGGUUGUUCUUCCCUGGAACCGUCACCAGCACUGCUCAGUGCGAGCAAUUUGUCACAACCAUCAAUUUCAUUUUUUAAUUGCUGCAAGUUGGUUAAGUAUAAUGAGGGUGGUGAUGGUCUGGCAUUUGCAAUGUUGAAACAUUACCUACAGAGACUCAUUUAUCCAAAAACUGGAUUGUAUGAAACUUCUACCAAAAGGAAAGAUAGGUCUAGAGCUGCGUUCCAGAUAAGUAUUCCUGGAUUGGAUGUUCCAGAGUGGUUAACUCAUCGAAGUAUUGGGCAUUCAAUAUUGUUAGAGCGGCCUCUGAAUUGGUCUAAUAGCAGGUGGAUGGGAAUUUCUUUGUGUGCUCUUUUCAGAAUAAAUUGCUGCGGGUGUUCGAGCGAAAGAUAUAGUCUUAAAGGUCAUGUGAAAGCCUAUGGUGAUAUGCCUCACGAUACUUAUAAAGUUAUUAAAGAGACAUCCUCUGAAGUUGUUAUUUGGGAGACAUCCUUUGAAGUUGCUAUUAGGGAAACAUCCUUUGAUUAUAAUGUGCGUCACCUUUGGCUAUUGUAUUGGUCUCGUGAUGAUUUGCUAGGUGAAGAUUGGAAUGAUCAUGAAUGCAGUCAGAUUAAUGUUGUAUUUGACAGCAAUAGCCCAAGUGUGGAGGUGAUCAAAUGUGCAGUCCGUUUGAUAUACGAGCAAGAUGUGGAAGAGUUCAUUUAAAAAAUUGCACAAUGCAGCAGUAGGUGCGUUAUCGCUUCCAAGGGUUUGAAUUGUGUCCAUAAAUUUGAAAAUUCAACCGUAGUAAAAGCUACCAAAAUUAUGAGAACCUAUGAAGACAAUAAUGAGGCAGGACGUAGUGCAAGAUGAGCUUUCCUGAGGAAACUGAAAAGCGGUAACAACCAUCUCAUACAUCCUUCCUGUUACAAGUAUUUUUUCUUUAUAGCUGUAAUUUCCCAGAUUGCUUGUCUAGAUUUUUGUGUAGAUUUGGAUUGUUUAGGUGUUGCAUAGGCAUGUACUGGGUAGGUUUUUUCUUCAUAAACAAAUACGAGAAAUCUCAAUUGUGAUUGGUUAUAAUAGGGUAUUGCAUAAUUGUGGCCAACACUCUCCUCAAGUCAUGACAAAUUGAAUCACAGUUAACCUGGUAACAUUAUGGACCAAGCAAUCCAAAUCACCCUUUACUUCUGUAUUCUUGAAAAUUAACCUUAGAUUUUGUCGCGAGUUCAAUGCCAGUUGUCUAAAGAACUUGAUUUUUCAGCCUCCACGUCAUCAUUUGUUACAAGAAGCCUACUAACUAGUGAAAGCUUAGGUAAUUAAUGCCUAUGGAUUACACAAGUCUUGACAAGUAUGUUAAGAGAUUUAAAUGAGUAAAUAGUGUGGAUUUGUGUGUACCGCUGGUUUUGUCAUCAGCAAUCAAAUUCCAAUAUUUUCUAUUUUUUGGCCUGACCUCAAGCGAACUCAUAGACCAAAACAAAUCAAAG